CCACCAUGUCUGCUUACGGCUCCAUCGCGACCCCCACUCCCAAGGAGCAGCUUACAGCGCGAAGCUACGCUAUGCCCAACGGGCUGUGUGUGACGACACACCCCGUGCAUGGGUCGGAUACCGACUCGGCGAUCAUCGACUACUUCUGGAAGGUGUUCAACCAGGAGCUCGCCGAGGGCAAGACGUACCCCCAAGAGGGGCCGCUGACGCGUGACGAAUUUGCGGCCUACUUCUUUAACUCGGUGACGAUUGUUGGCGUGCUCCACGAGAAAGAAGCCUCAGCAGCCCAGUUCCCAACCCUCAAGGAGGCAAUGGGCGGGCGAAGCAUCGAGGAGGCCAUCGCGGGGUGCUACUACAUCAAGCCGAACUAUCCCGGACGUUCAAGCCACAACUGCAACGCUGGGUUUCUUGUUCCCCCUGUGCAACGCGGAAAGAAGAUUGGCGGCGCACUCGCAGAGAGCUUCCUGUACUAUGCCCCGGCGUUAGGGUACCGCUCCUCUGUUUUCAACCUCGUGUUCGAGAACAAUGUCGCAUCGCUGCGGUUGUGGGACAAGCUCGGCUUCCAGCGUGUCGGCCUCAUCCCCAAGGCUGGGCGCCUGAGGACUGGGCCCAACGGAGCAGAGGAGUAUGUGGACGCGGUGGUCGUCUACAAGAGCUUUGUGUAAUGCACUAGAUGGCGGUUUUGAGGGGUCCAUCGCGCGCCUCAGGCACAAGCGCCUCGUGCUCGAUUGGUACAAAGAUGUUCUUCUGGUAGAAGCGGAGCUCGUUGAUACUCGCCUGGAUGUCGUCG